AUGGCAGUCUCAAGAGGAAUGCAUUGGAAUGUGCAUGAAUCGCUGAAUCGCCGUGACAUUGGGCGUGUCCUUCGUCUCGCGCGCUGCUGCCUGGUGACCUUGAUCGCCUGGCAGCUGAACUUUCUUUUUCGAGGCCAUGUGGGACAGGUGUUCGGACGAUGCAAGCCACGUACGACGAUGCUCUGCUACAAGGAGCUUCCUCUGCUGGAUGAAGAGAGCAACUCGCUCUUCCUGCUACUGCGAGGAAUGACCACUGUGAGUUUCUGCCGGCCAAGCCCACCGCCGCUGCGGUGGCUCCAGCGGCGUUUGACCGCCGUGGUGGAGAAAAACCCUUGGCUUGGAGGGAAACUGCGUCGAGUGGAGGAGUCGGUGAGGCUGUGCUUUUCGGAGGAGGUCCUUGAUGAGCGAAACCUGGCGUUGUCAGUGGAGGUCGUGGAGCCCAUGAACAUCACUUCCAGCACUCCCUACGAGGUCAUCAGCCAGCGGAUCAGUGGAUCUCCAGCUGAAGUGAGGUCAGGGCUGGUGUGCCUGGAGAACUCCAGCGAGCCCUUGCUCCGUGGGCAGUCCGCCGCUCGGUUUGGGAGGUCCCGACAAUUGGAAGAACUCGAGUUCCUCCGCAAGGUGGCUGCACGGGCAGUGCAGGAGUUUGGUGGGCCACGAAAGAUUGACGCUCUGGUGCUCGCAGGGUCGGCGAACAUGAAAUUCAAACUCGUGGCGGAGUUACCUCCUCCCUUGCGACGCAACAUCGCUGGCGUUUUGACCCUGAACUGCAAUGCUGGCUGGAAUGGACUUGAAAAAGUGGUGGCACAAAUUCCUGGGGUCAUGAAGAAGCAGGCCGAGAUGUCAGCCAACAGCCUAGCAGGUGAAUUCUUGAGAUGCGUCCAGGACAGAAAGGAUGCUGAACUGCUUUGCUAUGGCGAGGCUGAAACAGCUAAAGCAUUCGAGCUGGGUGCGGUCAAACUGCUAGUGGUCAGUGACAUGCAUACCAACUUGCAGCGGUGGUUGACUAUGGCCUCUUCCCAUGGGGUAGACGCCAGAUCCAUAGCGGCCUCCACACCAUCUACCUCCCAAUUUUGCGAAGGUUACCAAAUUGGAGCGUUUUUGAGGUGGCCAGCGCAGCUGUCACCGGAAGAGGAUUGCACGCAGUUUGACUCUGAUUGUGAGGUCCACUCCGAUUCUGAAGCUAGUACAGCAGCUCCCAGCAUGUCUGAAGCCCUUCCUUGGCUUCAGCAUGCUUUGCUUCUAGCUGGCCAUGACGAGGCUUCGGCCGAAGCACUUGCAAUUGGAGUGGACCUGGUUCUUUCGCACGACAUGGGAACUCCGGAAGAGCGCUUCAAUGAUGCCUUGGAGCUCUUGCAGGGGGCAGAUGUUCCGAAUGCUGGUGCAGAGAAGAAGUUCUGCAUUUGGAAGCUGUCGACACUUUGUGAGAUGGUCCAGAGAGAUGGCAAGCUGAACGAGUUCGCACUCGUGGUCUCGAUCUCGCACAUCAUCGCAGAUGGGCACACGUACUACAAACUCUUCAGUAUGCUGACCCAGGACAUCCCAGUGGUCUCCUUGAAUCCUUCACGGAAGCUUCACUUCCACCGACAACGCCUGGCUGCUGUCGGUGAGAGCGAAUACGACUUCAUCUACUCGCCUGGGUAUGUUUUGAACUGCCUGGGCAGCAAGGUUCUCUAUGGCCGGCCCAGGUGCCGAGCGUAUUUGGUGGAUGCUCAAAAGAUGAACGAUGUCAAGGUCCGGGAAGCGGAGACACACCACGAUCUGUCCUUUGUCUCAACGAACGAUGUGCUAACCUCCGUCUUCGCACGCCUCAUUGCUGCACGAGUUUGCUCCAUGGCGGUGAACUUCCGACAUCGCCUGCCAGGGAUUCUGGAGGAGGAUGCAGGAAACUACCAGGCGAGCAGUCCUCAGGGUUCUCCAGGUUCCAAGUCACCUAGCGGAGCAAAGGGAAGCACUGAUUCUCGGGCUCCAUCAAGGUGUCAUGGAGCACCAAAGAAGACGUAUUUUCUUUAG